AAUUAUCACCAGAUUCUUUGAAUGAUGUCAUAACAAACGAACCUCAUGAUACUCUUAUAGAAAUUUAUAAUCAAAAAUCUAAUGAAGUUAAGGUUUUUAAUGCUCACUCAAGCGUUCUCUGUAAUAGAUGUGAAUAUUUUAAGGGCAUUUAUAGUGGAACAAUUACUUUAAAAGACCUAAACGUAAUAAUUUCAAUAGAAUUAUUACUGGCAUCUGAUCUCCUCCUCCUUCAUGAAUUUCUCGACUUUAUAAAAGUUGAAUUAUUAGAAAGAGAUAAAACGUAUUGGGAAGAUGAUGAAAUUAUUUAUCUGUUAAAAGUUUCUUACCGAAUUCCAUCCCUUCAAGAUCUCUACUUAGUUUGCCGAGAUAUGGUAGCAGAAAGGCCAGUAAUCUUGUUUGGAUCUCCGGAAUUUUUAUCGAUUGAUGAGGAAUUAUUACUUAGUAUAUUGAAGUUGGACAUGAUUUGCUUGUCUGAACUAUCAAUAUUUGAAAAUUUGAUUAAAUGGGGCAACGCAAGCAUUCCAAAUUAUAAUACCAUAACUGAUAAAACUUCCCGACUUAAUGCUUUAGGAACUACUCUUGAAGAAGCAUUACAAUUAAUUCGAUAUGAUAAUAUUAAAGGUUCAAUUAUUGAUUAUGAACAAAUCUUACCGGGUAAAGAAGUUUUAUAUAAAAUUCCUCCUCGUUCUAAUUAUUUAGUUGAACCAAAGGUUAUUAGUAACAGAUUUGCUGGAUUGAUCAUUUCUUGGAUUGAUAGAAGGGACCCAAUGGAAUCUCAAUACACUGGGUUUAAUAGUCCAUUCAGAUUUAGACAUGUUUUUCGCAUGAAUGAUAUGUCCAAAUUCUCUGCUACACUUUAUAGAUUUCAUCAUUAUUCGAACAAGUUACCAACAAUAAAAUGUCACGAAGGUCCUUCAUUAAUGAUAAUGAAACUUAAAAAUUCUGGAAAAUUCAUUGGUGCUUACAAUCCCAUUCAAUGGAAACAAGGUUCAAGUAGCACUUGUGGUUCUACAUCAGAAAGUUUUAUUUUUACCUAUGACGAUAGAUAUGGCUCAAAUUAUCGGUUAUGUAGAGUUAAAAAUUUUGAUCAUGCUGUUUGUUUAGUAAACGACUUUGGUGGCCUAUUAAAUUUCGGUGAAGAUUUAAUGUUUAAAUUUGAUAAAGAAAAUGUUAGAUGUCAUAUUAAGUGUAAAUUUUAUGAACCAACUACAUUGGCUGAAGGUAUAUAUGAGGUCGAAGAAUGGAAUGUUUAUAAAGUUAGAAGAAAAGAUGAUCAACCAAUGAGGGUAAUGACCAAAAUUACUAAUUCUCCUGUUGAAUCAAAGAUUGUUGAUAGUGACUUUUUUGGAAUGAUCUCGACAUGGAUUGAUAAAAAAGAUCCUGAAAAAGAUUUAUACCUUAAAUCUAAUAUGCCAUUUCAAUUUACACCUAUAUUUCGUAUGAAUGAUCAUACGGCUUUCUAUCCUAAACAAUUUUAUAAUCAAUCAACGAAUAGGUUAUUGCCAACCAUGAAAUGUCAUCAUGAACCUUCAUUGAUGCUAAUGAAAUUAAAAAAUGGAAAAAUUGUCGGUGCUUAUAAUCCCCUCGAUUGGACAUAUGGUUCAUAUCGCGUUUAUCCAAUGGGUAUCGAAUACAGAUAUACUACAGAUAGUUUUAUUUUUUCUUAUAAUGUAGGUGUGAAUGAUGGAGUAAAUUAUCGAUUAAGCCGUGUUGUAAAUUUUGAUGAAGCAAUCGCCUCUGAGAAAAUAAGUACUAAUAGAAAAGAGCUCAAUGGUUUAAUAUUAAGAUUUGGUAAUGAUUUAAGAUUUAUCCAUAAUGGAAGUGCACGUCGAAAUGUUCCGGAUCAUGUCUUUUGCCAUAUAGAGCAGAAUGGUCAUUAUGAACAACCGGCUAUAUUACCUUCUGGAAAUUAUAAAAUUAAUCAAUGGGAAAUUUUUAGAGUUUCUAAAAAAGAUCCGGAAGCUUUAGAUAUGGAAUAA